GAAAGGAGAAAAUGUAAUGACCAUGCAACUGUAAGUGUAGCACCUUUACCCACAGAAUCAUCUCAAAGAUACACAGAUUCCAGUGUCUCCAAUUUCACCAUUGGAUUAUUUGGAAACUCUGCGGCAGUCCAGUUUGGAUGUGACAACAUUUUGAUUGGAGAAAACCAAGUUGAAGAGACAGACUGCAUGACUGUUUUAAUAAAGAGGAAGAUAUUAGAGAAUCAUGUGUCAGUGAUCAACAUGAUAGGCUUACAUGAGACUGAUCUGAACCCUUCUGUUCAAGUUAUCCGUCAUCUUGUGAAGGAAAAUGAAAUCCAUGCCUUCAUCUUUGUUUUGCGUUUGGGUCAGCUUACAGAUGUUGAUAAGAUGGGCAUCGAAUGGCUACAGCGAAUGUUUGGUGACAAAGUUCUUUCAUUUGUGAUGAUUCUCUUCACUUAUGAGAGAGAGGAAGAGUGUGACAAUAUCAUAGAUGAACUGAAGAAAAACCCUGUACUGGAGAAGCUGAUUGAGAAAUGUGGACAAAAUUAUCACAUCUGCAGCAAAAAAAUGAACAACCAAUCAGAGAUGAGAGAAUUGAUGGACCGGAUCAGAUGUCUGUUUAUUGACAAUAAAGAGCAGUGCUACAUUAUUGAGAUGUACAACACAGUUUUAGAAGACCUGCAAAACAAUGAAUAUCAAAGUGAUAAGAGCAGUGGUCUCGUUAGAUCGCAGCCUUUGCAGACCUCUUCCCAGUCUGAAAAAGGAGGCAAACAAAAGCUUUUUGCAGAGCAGCUGAUGCGCAAACUUCAUCUGGAAGACAAACUGAAAACAGCUGAUUUUCUUCAGCUAACUGGACAUUCAGAGUCCCAUGAGUUCUGUACUGUGGAAAAGUUUGCUCAGACUUUUUUAAAAAAAUUACUGAUGAUGGACUAUAGAGCAAAAUGCAUUAAAAUAAAACAAAACUAUGAACAAAAUCACACACAACAAACAGAGAAUGAGUUGUGUGAAGAUGUGGAAGAUGAUUUCAAUACUCUCUUUGAUGAAACUGCUAAACCUGCUGGUGAAACUGACAAAUUAGAGUCCAUACACUUGAUGGAUGCUCAGAUGGCAGUGUUUUAUUGUGCUGAUAGUUCCCUAAAGCAGCUCAUGGUCACUAAACUCUCACAGUGUCAGUUUGCUCUUCCUCUGCUUGUACCAAAUCCAUUCACACAGAAGAUUGAGUUUCCUCUGUGGACAUUUAGACAAAUCAACAAGAGCUGGAAGGUGAUUGACGUUAAAGGUCAAACCUUUAGCAAAACUCAGCCAGUCUAUAAGGCAGAAACACCAAUGGUGGCAUUCUUCAGGUUCGGCUCUGUGUCCUCAUCAAAGUCUCAGCUGAUAAACAGUUUGAUCAAUGAGAAACACAACACAUUCUUCCACAGGAACUGUCCAGGCAGCAGCAGAUCCAGAGAACUGAUGGAUGGGGUGGUGGAGAUCGCCUGGUACUGCCCAUCUGGAGAGGAAACAGAUAAAUUUCCUGACUGUGUUGCUUUUUGUAAUCUUCAUGGUGAUGCAGGAGAAAAUGAGAAACAACUGAAUAUUUUAACUCAGAUGGCUUCUGUAAAUGUUGUUAUUUUACCUCAACUAAACAGGAAUGACAACAGCACGACAAAGAUCCAAAACCUCUACAAAGACUCCAAGCCGCUCAUUUGCCUUUUUACUGAGAGUGAUUCAGCUCUUAAAGAAAUAAGGAAAGGUAAAAAAUACAAAAUGGGAUUGAAAGACAGGAAUCAGUCAGAUGUAAUUGAAGAACUCAGAGGAGCUAUACAAAAUGGACUCUCAUCUUCAGACUCAUCUUCUCUAUUCAAGCUUGAAGAUGUUGCAGAUAAAUCACACAUCACAGUAGAUGAGAAGAUUGAUGAUGAUUGCAGGAAAGGAAAAGAUGCAGCAGAGAAAAUGAUGAGUUUACUGAAGAAUAAAGAUCUGACAGAAAUCAAAGAAUCAUUUCUGCCAUGUCAGGGAAAACUGUGGCAUCAGUGGUGUCUGAAGAAUAAAGAACUACAUCGUCCUACACUGGGUGAACUACAAAAGAGUGAUAACAUAGAAAAAAAACAAAGCUGUAAGAAAUCAGAAAUGCUUAAAAUUCGUGAACUGCAGCACACAUCCGUCUUAAGUGAAUUUAUCCAAAUUUUCAUUCGAGAACUGAAUUCAAAAGAAAGAAAUGAGAUAACAUAUUUUCUUAAGUGGAUUGGGAUCCUACUAGAUGACUUUACCACUGAAACUCUUUCAGCUCUUCAUCAUGAGUAUGAUAAAAAGUGGUCAACAGUCUUAGAUCUUAAAAAGAAACCUGACAAAUCUCAACAAAUGAAAGGUGAACAAGAUGAACUUGAGAGAAUAUCUGAGAAACUACAAGCUGCAACCUUUGGUUUGGAGCACAUACUGAGAGAGAUCAGUCAGAUAUAUGAAUCAUGUUCAUCUGUGAAGAAAAACAAGAAAAAUCUGAAGUUAAACUUCUCUUCUCUUCCGGGUCUUGCAGCAAAGAUGAUGAUGUCUGGAUUUCCACUGGAGCUGAUGGAUGGAGAUGCUGCUCAUGUUCCUCUGAUCUGGGUUACUGCAGUUUUAGAUGAACUCAUCAAGAAACUGGGAGACAAGAGAGUCUUUGUGUUGUCAGUUUUAGGGAUUCAGAGCUCUGGUAAAUCUACCAUGUUGAAUGCAAUGUUUGGUCUGCAGUUUGCUGUCAGUGCUGGUCGGUGCACUAGAGGAGCAUUCAUGCAGCUGGUCAGAGUUUCAGAGGAGAUGAAAGAUCAGCUGAAGUUUGAUUAUAUUCUGGUUGUUGAUACUGAAGGUCUUCGUGCUCUAGAGCUUGCUGGAAGAUCAACAAGAAAUCAUGAUAAUGAAAUGGCCACAUUUGUUGUCGGUCUUGGAAAUAUGACAUUGAUCAACAUCUUUGGUGAAAACACUGCAGAGAUGCAAGACAUCCUUCAGAUUGUUGUUCAGGCCUUCAUGAGGAUGAAGAAGAUCAAACUGAAUCCCAGCUGCAUGUUUGUGCAUCAGAAUGUUUCUGACAUCUCAGCUGGAGAAAAAAACAUGGAAGGAAGAAGACGACUUCAGGAGAAACUGGAUGAGAUGACAAAACUUGCUGCUCAAGAGGAAGAUUGUGUUUUGCAGUUUUUCAGUGAGGUCAUUGCAUUCGAAGUACAGAAUGAUGUAAAGUAUUUUUCACAGCUUUGGGAGGGAAGUCCACCUAUGGCACCACCAAACCCAAACUACAGCAGAAACAUUCAGGAGAUGAAGAGCACCAUUAUCUCAAAAGCAUCAAGAUCAAGCGGCAUUACACUGUCACAGUUCAAAAUGCGUAUUAAUGAUCUUUGGAGUGCACUGCUGAAUGAAAACUUUGUGUUCAGCUUUAAAAACACAAUGGAGAUUGCUGUAUACAGAAGACUGGAAACUAAGUAUAGUGACUGGACUUGGAGCCUCAGGAGUACCAUGAUGAGCAUUGAAGAAAAAUUUUUCAACAGAAUUGCAAAUGGAAACAACAAGGUUCAGAAAAAUGACCUGCUGGCUGAAAUGAAGACAACAAAAGAAGAAGUAGAAAAAUCUAUGAAGUCUUACUUUGAUGAAGACAUAGACAAAGACAUUCUGUGUCAAUGGAGAGGAAGAUUUGAAACCAGAAUUAUAGAUCUUCAUGAUGACCUGGUGAAGGGAACAGAAAGAAAGUUGGAUGAAGCAAUUAAACUGAAAACAGCCAGGGAGAAUUUGGAUAAAAAAAUCACACAGUAUGAAAAUUUGCUUUUUACCCUGAGCAAGGAACUCGCUUUGAGUCUGAAAAUUAAAGGAACAGAUGAACAAGUGCUGAAGGAGGAAUUUGACACAACAUGGAGUGAAUGGGUCACAGCCAUGACAGAAAAUAUUCCUCCAUUGAAAGACUUUGAUGUUUGGGAUGAUGUCACAAACAUUUUAUCUGAAAACCAAGAAUUGACUCUUGUAGUUGAAAGAUUACAUCUUAAAGAAUUUCAAACAAUACCGAUUAGAGGUAAUUAUGAUGACUACAUUUUAAUACAGAAACAUCAAGGGCUUCCUGGGAUAUUUGGAUAUUUUUUAGUUAAAAAGAGCAAGAGCCUGAAUCCUAAAUAUCAUGAGUCUGUAAAGCAACUGAUUCAAAAAAUUAUUGAGGAAACCAAGAAAAUAAUGGAGAAAUCACCAGUCAAAAGACAGGGCUACAAUGUCAGCUACAUUCAGGAGAUAACAGACUGUGUUCAAAAGUCAGUAGAGCAACAUCAAUCUGAAAACCAAAAAUACAAACUGAAAAGAGAGUUUAUCAUAGAUCUCUGUCUCUAUGUUUGUGACAUUGCAAGUGAGAAAUUUACUGAAUGCCACAAGGAAUACAGAGAAACAAAUGAUCUGGGAAUUUAUCUUGAGAAGCAAAAAACUCAAUAUUACAACGUCUUCAAGAACUACUGCAGAGGAGCAACAACAACAACCAUACUGAUCGAUUUUAUCUGCAGCAAACUUGAACCGUCCAUCCUACAAGACAUAUACAAUAAAACUGCUAUUGAUGUUGCAGCACAGAUGAGGACAGAAAUACAAUCAUUAUGUCAGAACAGAUCCAAUCUGGAGAAACACAUUCUGAAAUCACUCGCAGAAAAAGAGGACUUUGAGCAGUACAUACAAUACAUCCAUCAACCCAAAGAACACUUCAAACAAUUCAUAAAGAAUGAAGUGGACAAAUACUUUAUUGAACAAAAUGAAAAGAUUUUAAACAUUUUCAAAGGAAAUCUUGAACAGAAAGGGCAGAUUUUGAGUAAUGCAGUGCAUGCAGUGACAGUUGAGGUCAAAAAUAAGAGAGGAGAUGGCAACAUGUGGUUCACAAGUUUCACCCAAACACUCACAGAUGAGCUGAAAUUCACGGGUGAGGCAUGUGUUGAUCUCAGAGAAAUUGAAGACUUGGAUUUUCUUGGGAAACAUUUGAGUGAAUGUCUGAAUGAAAUGAUGUUAAAGCUACAAAAGAAUUUCACAAGGAUUGGUGACAUUAAAAUGGAAAAUUGCAGGAUGAAACCACAUAAGAUUUUGACUGAUCAUUUCUGUGAGUGUUGUUGGGUUCAGUGUCCUUUCUGUAAAGCAAUCUGCACAAACUCAAUGAAAGAUCAUCCUGGAGAUCACACUGUUCCUUUUCAUCGUAAUAUUGGACUGAAUGGGUGGUAUUACAGAGGAACAACAAACUUGGCUAUUUGUUUCUGCACAACAGAAGUAUCGAGUGAUCGGUACUUUUACCCAAACUCCUCAAGUGACACACUUCCCUGGAAAGAAUACAGAAAAGGAGGUCCUGAAUAUGCAAGCUGGAGCAUCACACCUGACAACUCAGAGCUGCCAUACUGGAAGUGGGUUGUGUGCAGGUUCCAGACAGAUCUGGAGAAGCACUACAGUAAAACAUUCCAGGGAUAUGGUGAGAUUCCAAAAGAAUGGAGAAAGCAAACAAAAAAUGACGCUACUGGUUGUUUAGAUAAAUACAUCUAAUGGAGAACUAACAGAAUUAAACUAUUUUAUAUCAAUUGAAACUGUUCCUGUACUGAUUUUAGAAAAACUGGUUUUGUGAAUAACACAGCUUACCAUUUUGCUUGGAUGCAUUUAUAAGCAUAUUGUAGACUACAGAAAGACAAAUCAUGUUAAAUGCAGUGGGAAAUAUUUAUUGGUUAAAUUUUUGUCUGAAAAAAUAUAUAGUUCAUGAAAGCAAAAUGUGAGAAAUGAGAACAACAUGUUUGAAAGCUCUACCUAUAUAUAAAACAUGUUUUAAUCUUUUAAUCUAAACAGGCAGUGUCUAUAGAAAAUGCAAUUUUUUUGCACUGAAAAAAAUGUAUUGCAGUUCUUGCAUUACUGACAAUGAGAUUAAUCACUUUUAUUGUUUUUCUUACUUUUGUAAGUUGAUUUAGAUAAAGUAAUCUAUUUAAUGCCUAAAUGUAAUGCAACCAUUUUUGUUGUACUUGUAUUAUAGCAUCUGACUAAUCAAUUUUUAAGAAAUACCACUAGAGCUGUUAUGGAACUCAAUACAGCUUCAUCACCCUUGACAACUUUGAGCUGCCAUACUGGACAUGGUUUGUAGGAACCAAUAUAACUUUGUAGCCAGAAUCUCAAUUCAAAGACAUCCACAAGACCAGAAAACCAAAUUUCACUAGUUCGACUGUGAAUUCAGGUCUUAAUGAUUAAUGGUAAACAAACUUGGCUUGCUGUCCUCGAAGGGAGCUCUGUACCUGAGCUCUGAACCUUCAGAUAGAACGAACCUGAGGCUGGGGCUCGAGCCCCAAGUUCAACCCCCUGCAACAGAACUGCAAAGAAGAAGAAAGAGAGAGUGAAGGAGGAGAUGGGGAGGAGGAGGGAUGCCAGAAAAGAAUGCAGCUGGACAGGGAGGCCUGAAGGCUGCCUUAUAUACGCCCAAGACGAUGAUGAUUGACAGGCCUGAAUGUUUAGGCUCCUCCCGAACCUAUAUCCCUAAUAUACAAAAUCUUUAAACCCUUAAUACCUUUAAAACUUUUUAAGUGCAAAAAAAUUGUUUAGUGUUUACUCAUAAUCAUUUGACAUAUACUAUAUUGUAAUUCUAAGUUGUUUAAAAUGUAUGUUUUUGGUUAUGUUAUGUUAAUCCAGAAUUUAAUAAAGAUUAA